AUGACAAACGAUGGCUUCCGGGACUUCAUGUAUUAUUCGCCCUUGACGCACGUGAUCGCCCAGCUGGCAAAGACCAGGGAGGUGCGCCCCACCACGGACGUGCUGAUCGUAAACCCCAACGAUGGCAUCGGCUGGCACCAGGACAAUCAGAAUGGUCCCAUCGAGUCGGAUUACGCUAUUCGCUGGUGGGUCGCCAUGGACAAAUGCGGGGAGAACAAAGUCGGUGUGCCAGAAUACCUGAUCGGCUCACAUCGCAACACCUCCGUAUCUGAUGCCGUCGCUGUAGACGUCACCUCAGGCGACCUUGCACAGUUUAGCAAAUGCACGGACUACGUGGUGGAGCCCGGCGACCUCAUCGUCUGGAACACACGGUCCAUCCACAGAAUCCGUCCCCAUCCUUCUGGGAAGUGGCCCGAGGGAACGCAGAGACGUGCGCACAGUGGGACGAUGGCAGUCAAAGGCGCCAGCUACGCUCCCCGGGGAGCUGCGAGCUCCAUCAGCGACGUUGCAGGGCACUCGCUGGAGUUGGGCCAACCACUGGCAGGCCCCUACUUUCCGCAGCUCUACCCGGCACGAAUCGCCGAAGAGGAGGAAGCCCGCACACGUGGCGAAUUGGUGAGUCGAUCCCCAGUAGGCCUGGCUCGGAACCUUCAGCCCCUCCUCGAUCGACUCACGGGCUCCGAUGGCUUCGUUGCGAAGACGUACCAGCGAUGA